AACUCAGCUGGAAGACUGGAACAUGGAGACCAGAGGAGAGCAGCUCAGAGGUGUGGACAGAGAGGAGGAAGCUCCUCCCUCAAAAGCCCCUCUGGGUGAGGACCAUGGCAGCCAGACCAGAGCUCAGAGACCUGCCUCCAGAUAUGAGUCUCUGAAGAGUGGCAGAUCAAUGGAUAAAAUAAUUGACUUCCGAGGAGACCAGGACCAUCAGAGGAGGAUCAGUCCAGAUGAGCCAAAGUACCAGGAUGAUGACAAGGAGUUUGAGUUUGAAGAGCGACUGAUGAGCAAAGAAAUUCUCUGGGACAUCAUGAAGGAGGAGGAGCUUGCUGAUGUACCAUGGAGCAGAAGUCUUACAGCAGAGUGUGGAGGACGGCUGAAGAGGGGCCUGCAGAAGAAGUUCCACUAUGUGUUUGAGGGGGUCUCUAAAGCAGGAAACUCCGCUCCUCUGAAUCAGAUCUACACAGAGCUCUACAUCACUGAGGGGGGCACAGACCAGGUCAACCAGGAGCACGAGGUCCGACAGAUCGAAGCAGCAACCAGGAACCAGACCAGACCAGGAACUACCAUCAGACCAGAAGACCUCUUUAAAGCCUCAGCUGAGAGAGAGGGACCAUUCAGGAGCCUGCUGACGAAGGGCGUGGCUGGCAUUGGGAAGACCCUCCUGACACAGAAGCUGACUCUGGACUGGGCUGAAGACAAAGUCCACCAGAACUUCCAGCUCAUGUUUCCUUUCACCUUCAGAGAGCUGAACCUGCUGAAAGAGAAGCAGUUGAGUUUGGUGGACCUUGUUCAUCUCUUCUUUCCUGAAACCAAAGAAUCAGGACUCAGCAGCUUUGAAGGAGUCCAGGUUCUGUUCAUCUUGGACGGUCUGGAUGAGUGUAGACUCCCUCUGGACUUCAACAGUCGGGUCCUGACAGAAGCUACAGAGUCCACCUCAGUAGACGUCCUGCUGACCAACCUCAUCAAAGGGAACCUUCUUCCCUCAGCUCACCUCUGGAUCACCACACGACCUGCAGCAGCCAAUCAGAUCCCUCCUGAGUGUGUGGACAUGGUGACCGAGGUCAGAGGGUUCACUGACCUCCAGAAGGAGGAGUACUUCAGGAGGAGGUUCAGACAUGAGGAGCAGAGCAGGACCAUCAUCUCUCACAUCAGGAGCUCACGAAGCCUCUACAUCAUGUGUCACAUCCCCAUCUUCUGCUGGAUCACUGCCACAGUUCUGGAGGACAUGUUGAAGAGCAGAGAGACCAGAGAGCUGCCCAAGACCCUGACUGAGAUGUACAUCCACUUCCUGGUGGUUCAGGCCAAAGUCGAGAAGCUCAAGUACCAUGGAGGAGCUGGGACAGACCCAGUUUGGGAUCCUGAGAGCAGGAAGAUCAUUGAGUCUCUGGGAAAACUGGCUUUUGAGCAGCUGCAGAGAGGAAACUUGAUCUUCUAUGAAUCAGACCUCACAGAGUGUGGCAUCGACAUCACAGCUGCUGCAGUUUACUCUGGAGUCUUCACACAGAUCUUCAGACUGGAGAGAGGACUGUACCAGGACAAGGUCUUCUGCUUCAUCCACCUGAGUCUUCAGGAGUUUCUGGCUGCUCUUCAUGUACACCUGAUUUUCUUCAGCUCUGGAGUCAAUGUGCUCAAUUCACAACAAACGCUGAAACAACCAAGAAGCUUCAGAAAGAAACACAUAAUGCCGCUCUAUCAGACAGCGAUAAGCGAAGCUGCCCAAAGUCCAAAUGGACAUCUGGACUUGUUCCUGCGCUUCCUUCUGGGUCUGUCUCUGCAGACCAGCCAGAGUCUCCUCCCAGGUUUGUUGCCACAGACAGGAAGUAGCUCCUGGAGCCAUCAGCGCACAGCAGAGCUCAUCAAGAAGAAGAUAAGUGAGAAAGUGUCUCCAGAGAGAAUCAUCAAUCUGUUCCAUUGUCUGAGUGAAGUGAAGGACACUUCUCUAGUGGAGCAGGUCCAACAGCAGCUGAGGUCAGGAGCUCUCUCCACAGCUCAACUGUCUCCUGCUCAGUGGUCCACCCUGGCCUUCAUCUUACUGUCCUCAGAGGAAGAUCUGGAGGUGUUUGACCUCAAGAAAUACUCUGGUUCGGAGGAGGCUCUCAAAAGGCUGCUGCUGGUGGUCCAAGCUUCAAAACAAGUUCUGCUGAUCUCAUGUCAUCUGUCAGAGAGAAGUGGUUCCCUUCUGUCCUCAGUUCUCAGCUCUCCGUCCUCUGGUCUGACACAACUGGACCUGAGCUACAACAGGGACCUGAAGGAUGCAGGAGUGGAGCUGCUGUCUGCUGGACUGAAGAGUCCACGCUGUCACCUGGAGACUCUCAGCCUGAGCAGGUGUGGACUGUCAGAGAGAAGUGGUUCCCUUCUGUUCUCAGUCCUCAGCUCUCCGUCCUCUUGUCUGACACACCUGGACCUGAGCUACAAUGACCUGGAGGAUCCAGGAGUGGAGCUGCUGUCUGCUGGACUGAAGAGUCCACACUGUCACCUGGAGACUCUCAGUCUGUCAGGGUGUGGGAUCUCAGAGAGAGGCUGUGCUUCUCUGGCCUCAGCUCUGACCUCUAACCCCUCCCAUCUGAGAGAGCUGGACCUGAGCUUCAACCAUCCAGGAGGACCAGGACUGAAGCGGCUGUCUGCUGGACUGGAGAGUCCAGACUGGAGGCUGGAGACUCUCAGGCUGGAUCACUGUGGACCACAGAGGUUAACAUCUGGACUGAAGAGAUACUUCCGUCCACUCUCACUGGACCCAGACACAGCUCACCGACGCCUCCUACUGUCCAACAACAACAGCAUGGUGGAGCUAGUGACGGGGGAUCAGGAGUUUCUGGACCAUCCCGACAGGUUUGAACGGUGUCGUCAAGUGAUGAGCAGAGAGGCUGUGACUGGUCCCUGUUACUGGGAGGUGGAGUGGAGAGGAAGAGUUUCUGUGGCCGUAACUCUCAGGAGAGGCGGAGGGAAAAAAGACAAGUCUGAGUUUGGACAGAACCAUUAUUCCUGGAGUCUGAGCUGCUCUGAUGAUGCUGGAUAUAAAGUCUGUCACAAUAAGAGAGAAACUGUCAUCAGGAACCCACAGGGCUCUCACAGAGUUGGAGUGUUGAUGAACAUACCUGCUGGAACUUUGAACUUCUACACUGUCAUCAGCGAUGUCCGGAUGUGCCUCCACACCAUCUUCACCUCCACUGAACCUCUGUACCUGGGGUUUGCACUCAGACGGGUUCCUGGUUUCGGGUCCUCAGUGUGUGUGCGCGACUUGAGUGUGUGUGUGCAUCUCCAACAAACCGCUGUUGCUGGUUCAAAUCCCCAUCCAAACUGCUGAGUGUGGAACGAUGAAAUCCCUUUCUGAAACAAACGUGUUCUUCUGAACAAAAUAAUGCGAGAUGUUUGAGGAAGAGAUACGUUCUCUUUCAUCACUCUCCUGUCUCUUCCUGCUCCUUCUCUCAUCACUGUGUUCAUUCCCUGAAGAUCUCCUCCCUCAUGUGAAGAAGACUUCAAACACAUCCUCAAACCAGACUGCACCUCCAACUCACGCAGCGGUUGGACAGGUGCAUUACUCAGGUGCCAAGUGAAACACACGACUGUCUAACUCGCUGUCACUGACAGUAGAACAGGAGAAAAGGUAGGGGGCGUCCCGAAUGCUGCCAGACUCCAGGGGACAAGUUCACCUCUGAGUCAAAGGUUGGGGGGAGACGGACAGGGAUCCUCUAUACAGCGCAAGCAGACACUACACUUCAGAUUACCCAGUCGCUCAUACGUGUUAUUAUGAAUACAAACAGAACUGCUGCCUGUGUUUCUGAAUAGUGUAAUAUGAGCUAAUAAAAACAAGCAAUGAAAAAAAAGGUCAGUCAGAAGUUCAUGUUUCUAAUUCAGUUUUGUAUAUGUUUGCAUUUGUGAUGUUGAACUGUUAUUGUUAAAUAAAAAGAGAUGAC